AUGUCAGCACCUCUGCUAGAUUUCAUCCCCAAACGACCCAGCAUAUUUGAGAGGAUUCCGAUUCUGCCCAGGGCGCAGGAGCUGCGAUGCGCUAGAGGCUCGAAAGAUUAUUUCCAGCAGCAGAAACAUCAAAGCGUGAAGGGUGAGUUUGAAAAUGCAUGAACUAAACGCUGCCAUCACCAAAAACCUAUUCGCCGCACAAAUAAACACGUAACAAGCUCUUUCCCCCACUCCCUCCUCCCUUUCUGGUCUUUAGUGUGUUUCCUAACUUGUUUAUUUAACUUUAAGCUUUAAAACUUUUUUUUUUUUUCCUGAGCACCUUGGAAGGACAGGAUAAACCAGACUGCGCUUUUCCAGUGUGAAGCUGAGUGUCUCUCAAUAGUAUUUAAAAAAAAUCUUGAGACCAGCAUCUUCUUUAGUUGUCCUGAGCGGGUGCUGCUCAUGCGGUCGCUUCUCAAGGGUGGUUGUUUUGGGCUUGGUGCUGAAGACUGGGCUGGUGCUGGUGUGUCCUGCGCCAGAGAGUUCGUGUGGGGUGUUUGUUUGUGUGCGUGCCUGGCUGACAAUAAAUGCCUGGUUCUUAUUCAGCAGUUUCACCACGGUUGCUUGGAUUUUAUAGUUUGUAUUUCACGGAGGUGUUACAAAUGCUGGAUUCAGGCGGUGAAUCCUCUGACUUGGGAACUCCUGGAGCCCGAAAGGUCAAAUUCUGCUAGUUAACAAAUGCCUGGUUUUCAGCUGUCCAUCGUUAAAGAAGGGGCACUGAAGUAGGGUUAGGAGUUGCCUACUGAAAAUCUGUUCAUUACACUUUUCAGUUAGAACUGGUUAACUCAGCUGAAAUUCAUUAAUCAAAAUUCAGUUUUAAAAUAAUCCCUCUAAGGUGUCACUGAGUGGUCUCAGAGGGAAUCGGAGCUUUUCUUUGUGCUACAAAGUCACUUGCAGAGACAUAUGUACACCUAAGGUUAUUAAUACUAAGACAAUGUUUUCUGUAAUGUUAAAAGGUAAUUCUCUUUUUUCUCUUCUUAUCAGUCUAUUCCCAUUCUCUAUUUUAGAUAUGCAAGUGCAGUUAUCUUGUCGCUGUAAGACUGUUCUCACUGGGAUUUUUUCCAGUUCUGUCCAUUCUUCUGAAAAUUAAAAGUAGGCUGCAUGCCCUUGGACUAGUGACAUUUUCUUUUGUGAGCUUGUUACCUAGGGUGAUGGCACCUUUCAUUGCCACGAAGUUAUGUUAAUGAACACCUCGAUCUGUGCUAGGUCUGUCCUACAGCCUCUAGGAUGUGUUUGUUCAUCACCACUGAAUACAGACAGAGUGGAGCAGCAGGUUAUAAAUUACCCUUUUUAUUUUUCUGUUUGUUAAUGCUGCAAUUCUUCUCUCCCGAUUUAAAAAAAAAAAGAGGUUGUUAAUGUUUGGCAGGAAUGAAAUGAAGGUCUGUUACACAGACUCCUGUUUUGAGGGGGGAGAAGAAGGAUUCACGGAGUAUAAAGGGAGAGCUACCAGCUCUUGUAUCGUGCUGCUGCAACUGCUGCCUGUGCAAGGGACUCAAGGGCUGUUCUAGUCCCUUGUGGUCCCACGGGUGAGGUUGGUGCCACCUGACAGGGUUCAUACUAGCUUAAAAUCCUGCCCCUGCAUUGUCCUGUCCAGGCAGACUGUUGAAAUACUUUAAAAAUAUCUUUUCAUUUGAGCUGUUCAGCCCUCUUUUCAUGCAUAUCGCUCUUGUUCUUGCAGAGGGCAGGAGUGUAGGGAGGGAAAGAGGAAGAAUUUAACUGCAUUCACUUGGGACUUUUACAGUAGAUGCAGGUGGGCAUGGGAGGAGGUUCCUAAUUCAUCUUCCCUGACUGAUCAAUUUCCCAUUUUCACCACUGGGGAAAAAAAAAAAAGUGUUUUACAUUUUGUUGCUGUUUUUGUUUAGUAUGUUUUCUGUCCAGGCUGUUACCUUGUGGUUGCUUCAGUGCAUGGGUGACUUGAGUCAUGGGAGUAAGUAGGUGUCCAUGGGCAGGAGAGAGCUCGUUUAACUGAGCAGGAGGAUUUGAUGGAUCAUGUUGGAUUUUUUCCAAAGAUGGCAACACUGAGUUUUUUGGGUGGCUUCCUGUUUUUUGUUGGGGUUUUUUGUUUGGUUUGGUUUUGCCUUUUUUUUUCCCCCCAAGAAGACAUUUUCAGGAGGCGUUAGGGAAAGUAAAAUUUAAAGUAAAAUUCUGAGUCUGAUUUAAGAUGUGUGGGAUGUGCUGCUCCUUCUGACCUGGACAGUGUCAGCAAGUGCUUUAAUGUCCACUGGGGCAUUUUGGAGUGCUCACUGUGCUCCAGCUCACAAAUCAGAGUGUAUCUAAAGCGGGCUGUGCUGCAGACAGAAGAGCUGCUGCUCUUUCAAGGAGCAGUGCAAGCCAUCUCCCACCAACCCUGGUUCUCUGAGGAAGAUAAAGGACUGGGAUAGCAUGUGGAUGUGAUAUACCAAGAUAAAGCUACAAUGUGGAAGUAAGGGAAGUACUCAGAUUUACCCCGUGAAAGGUUUUGGGAAGGAAACUGAUGACAGCUUGAUUUCAGACCAUCGUGCCGUGCGUCUCCUGUUCUCCAGCCCCAGAGUGCCAUGUACCCAGUAAUUCCCUCUGCAGUCUGGGUUAGAUUACAGAAUGUGCCUCCUGGUUUUGGUUUGUCCCCAGUUGAAAGCUGCAAGUAGGGAGUGUAAAAGAUGCUCUCUAACAAGAGCAAAACUGAUUUUUAUAGUUGCCUGUAAGGUCUUUUUUUGUAAACUUGUCUUACUUUUUAAUUUUUUUUUUCCAAAAAAGAAUGAAUCAAAAUGAUACAGUGCUCUAUUAAUAAAAAGGGCAGCUUUGAAGUAAUCACAAUGGGGAAGAAGUAUCCUGCUGUUGCAAUGUCUCUGUGGUGUUACUCUGCUGCUUCACAGUGUUUAAGUUAUGAUCCUGCAAAAUGCUUCCGUGCCUGAGCAAGUCCUUUGGACUUCCUGAAGAGCCAAACAAAAACUUGAGGGGUUGUGGUUCCAAUUCUGGGAAUUGGAUCAUUUGGGUCUAAACUUUUCAUGAUGGAGCUGUUGGUUGUGUGCUGAAAAUACCACUGUUUUGGAAUUGUGCUUCAUAUUUUGUUCUGUUUGGGAGCUGUUUAAAAUAAAUGCCCAGUUUUCAGCCAGCCACCCCCUUCUGAUGUGGCUAGCUAUGAUAGGCACCACGCUUUUCUUGCUCAGUGAUCUCCCUGUGUGUAGGUAGUGUAUUUGCAUACAGACACUGCUUUUUAGAGACACAGAAUACCUGUACCACAAGGUAUGAAGUCCAUUUUACAAUGUUUUCCUGGGAUUCUGUGGGUUUGGUUCCACGUUGUUGAAUUUCACGCUACGGUAGUACAGUUUUGAAAGUAACACAGCAAAAUACUUAUUGUCUACAGGGAAGAAGCUUUUGGGAAGGCUUUAGUGGUGACAAAAGAGUAAUCUAUAAAGCUGCCAAAUAUCUCAGUUUCUAAAUGGCAUUGAUUAUGGUUGUUACCAGGAAACACUUUUCCUUUUCAUUCUUUUCCAGUUUUGUUCAGUGUACCUAAUUCAUGACUCAGUAGAAAUGACGAGAUUUAUCCUGUUAGCUGUGCCACUGGGAAAUCAUCCAAAUGGCCCGGACCUUUGCAGCAACCACUUCAGAUAUUAACUUACAGUGGGCAAAACAAUAAGCUGGUCGAGUUGCAGCAGUUGGACGUUUCCUUGUUGAGAGUAUGUUUUAUUCAGACAAGGAGAAAACGGCUUGGAUUUUUUUCUUGUUUGUUGUUAACUGUAGCUGCUUUCAGCAAACACACAACCAAUGUAUUGAAAUGUAUUAAUUUCCUUCUACUGUUGAGAAGGAGGGGUAAAUCUUGCCAUUUAAUCCCCCUGUGACUGUUUCCUUGGUUGUCAGGGCUGUCCUUGUGAAAGUAACAGCUUAUACUGUUGGGAUCUUAAGCAAAAGCUUAUACUUUGGUUUUAUGAUUUAUUAGGUGAAUUGACUGGUCUUGGGCCUGAUGUUGCCAUUUUCUUUCUUACACCUUAUCUGUGUUCACCUGAAUUAUCCCACUGGAGCGAGUGUGACUGCCUAGAGCUGAUAAAUCUGUUAUGGGCUGAUAAGGAGACAGGGACAGGUUCACUGGUACCGUGAUCUCUAAACUCUCAGUUUCAGGUAGAGCUGCAGUAGUAAUUAUUUCUUAUUUUCACUUUAGUUCCCUUGCUGCAAUUGAAUUCUGCUACAAAAAGGAAUUGAAAGGUUGGUCUGAACAGAAUGUGCAGUUACAGAGCUAUAUUUUUAUUUCACGGUCUCUUUUUUGCCCAAUUUUGUUUUGUAAGGGGAGAAAGGAGAAGAAACUGCAAAUUGGAGAAUGCGUUCAUAAAUUCAUUUGGAAUAAAUUGUGACUGUCCUCUCCUCCCUUAAACUGCCUAUAAUGCUUACUUGUCUUGAAUAGGCAAAUAACUUUCAGUUACUUGCUGCUGAAGGAAGUUCUUCUAAUGAUUUGUGUUGCAAAAUCAGUCACUGACUUGAAGAUGGGACUUUCAUGGAUUUAAUUUAAAAUAAUUUAAUUGUAUCUAAUCAUUAAAUCCAUUGUAAUUUAAGAAUCAUUAGUGGAGAAUAUUUAGCAAAUACAAACCAGGAAAUCUAAUGAUCAACCAGUCGUAUAAAGGCAUUCAGUAGUUGUAAAAACAAAAAAACUCCUUUCUGCUUCAUGACAAAAACUACAGCUACUGGAAAACCUGAAGAGAAUAAAUGUUAUACCUAUUUUAAUAUUGUGCAGAAUUAUAUGGGAUAUCAGAUGUCAGAUUACUCUCAACAAGGAAAUAAGUCCAAUAAUUGGAAAAAAAAUUAUUUUAUUUGAGUUUUGUUUGAAGGAAUAGAAGUUAAAAAUAAGAAAUGACUUGUUCUAUCUUUAAAAUUACAAUAGUGGAGGUUAUUAUAUACCGGGUUAAAUGGAAUGAGAAGAAAAAUAUAAUUUUUUCUUUUAUAGUAAGAAAAAAUUAAAGUCUACAUCUUGCGAGUGGUUUAGUAUGUACAUUACUGUUCCUGCGAGCAGUCUCAUCAACUACAAAUUUUUGGACACAGGCCAUUCUAAAUUAUCAUUUAGAUAUAACUGAAUACAUUAUUUGUAUCUUAAGGAUUCAGCCAUGUAUACACGUAAAACUGUUAAGUGUAUGCUGAGGAUCUUUAGUAUACUUGAGAUUGUAUUCUAUGAGGGCUACAAGAUUCUUUUUUGUGAAACUGCUGAAUUUAAAGUGAAUGUCUUCUAGGACACUGUACUGCUUCAUUGCAGUAAAGUGGUUUGGUUUUUUGUUGAAUAAGGACAAAAUUUUACCCUAAAUUAUUAGUAUCAUUAGGAAUCUUGCCACUAACUUAAGCUGAGUCAGUAUUUCAAUCCUAAUAUUACAGAAUAAUUUUUCCUAAUCUUUUUCCUGUGUGCAGGGAAAAGCUUGUAGAACAAAUAGCAAGUUUCUGUUAAAUCCAUCUGUAAGCCAGGAAGUGGAAUAACCUAUGGAUUAUGAGAGAAACCUGUAGUACUGUGAAUAUAAUUUCCACGCUCCGUUCCAUAAUUACCAUUAUUCUAGAAAUUCUGCUGUUCAGUGAUUUUAGAACGGUUGAAGAUGUUGAUGGCAGGGUAAUUGGAGAGGGAAAAUAGACGUAAACCACUCCAUUUUGCACUCCAGAUUUCUAUCAUUGUAUGUCAACAAGCUUGAACCAGGCGUGCAAUCUAGUAAUCAUUUCACAGUGCCUGAAACGGCUUUUAAUAGACUGGGGUUUGUUUGCUCUUUUUUUUUUUCCCUCAGCCACCCAACGUUGUUUCCCAGCACAUUGCUGCAACUCGGAAUACAGGGCUCCAAAGCCAGGGCAGUGCUCACUGGCUGCGGUACAGCAUAAUCUUGCCCCACAAAUGUGCAAACAAUAGCAAAAGUAUGUGUUUGGGAAUAUGGCACAGCUGUUAUCUUCUGCCGGGAGCAGGGAGCGUUACAGUGACAUAGAAGGACCAGUUGAAACCACUCCGGCCGUUUUAUUGCCUGUAAAUGGGGCGUGUAAAGAAAAGCAAGGGCCGGUCCCUCCAUUCAGAUAACCAUCGGUGCACACCAGCGCGGCGCUACCUUUCUGCCCAGGCUUUGAAGAAUAGAGGCAAAGAGUUCCCCUUUCUCCUUCCCCUCCUAUUACAUUUCUGGCGCCCUGUAUGUGAAAUCUUGGUUGGAACCUGAACUUUCUGUUCUGAGAAUCUGUGCUUCACUGGUUACCUGGAACAAGGACUUCUUUUUUUUUUUUUUUUUUUUAAUUUUAUUACAGUCAUUAGCUUGACUAUAUGAAAUGAUUGUUAAUGAUUAUUUGUAGGCAGAGGACUGCUUGUAGAACAGAUGAGACAUUUCCAGAGCUGCGAUAGGAAAUUGAUCCAAAUUCUAUCUUACAGGUUAUUUUAAGGUUUUGAGCAUUACAAGGUUGAUCUCAGUCAACUCAAAAGUGCUUAUGGUCUUUUUAUUUAAAGCAACUGUUUUGCUUUAACUCUAAUAAUUAUGUUUGACUUCUCCAUCAUUAUGUUUGAGUGUAUAUGUGAUUAUCUUGCCGAGUGGAUUGGUAAGGAGCACUGUGAUUGAAUUUACGGCACCAAAUUUGUUCUGAGGGUUAAAUGAAGGCAAAACAUCAUAAACUACACUUAAUUCUGGCAUUUAUGCGUGUGAUAAGAGGGCUUUGUGAGAGCUAUAGAGUUGUUAGUUGUUUUACAAUGAGGAGAAAGCAAAUUCAUUCUUACAUGUUGUUCGCAUAUUGGCCAGAGGGAAAAAUGACACUGAGGCGACAUCAUCAAAUACAGUAAAAAACUAACUUUUUAAUACAGAUGUCCAUUGUUGUUUUAAGUGCUUAGGGGGUUGGUGGUUUGGUUUAUUUUGGAACUUGCUGAACUAUAUGAAGUGUGUCUCUAGGGGCCUGGUAUUUUAAUACCUUGUAGAAGGUUGUAUAACAGUAGAUGAUGUAUUUUGCCUGCCUUCCAGUGCUGUAAAUAAAUUACAUGUGCUGGCUUGGGAGAACGUAUGUGAGGUGUAAAUCAAAGGCUAAUACAAGAGGAAAAAUACCAAUUAGUGAUGUCUUGCAACAGGUUAAGGUUUCUUUACUCAUUUAUACAUAAUCAAGAGAUAUAAGAGCAGUAAUAUGUAUAAAAAUGUUAACAUGAGGCUCUUCCUUAGAAGGGGUAGAGGGUCUAGGAUUAUUUAAAAUAAGUGCUGUGAUUCAGUGCUUUUUCACAAUUUGCUAUGGUUAAAUCACUUUAAUACUGAAGUCAACAAUCCCCUAGGCAAAGAAAGAGAAUAUAAUUUUAAGUGUAUUGUUAAAAUUGAAAUUUGAUAGCUUCCACUCUCUAAUCCUAUCUAAGUCUUGGUUGUAUUAAAAGGAAAAUAGAUACAUGUGUCAGUUUUGGAGCAUAAUCUUUCUUUUGAGUUUAAAGGAUGAUAAAUGUGCUUCAGACAAGCAGCACAGCAGUUUAUUGGUAUGAAUGUUUUGCUAAAUAGUACAUGCUUAACGCAAUCCCCAUUCCUUUAUAAUAAGUUUAAAUAUUAAUUCUUUGGAAUGCUAGAUGCCUAAAGCUAGAUAGAAAUGCUGUGCAGUUUCAGAUAUCUAGGAGUGGGCUUGUGAAACAGGAUAUUUAACUGGGAGAGAUGAGUAGCACAUUUCAGAGUUAUUAGGGCAGAACAACAAUGCAAGAGGAUGACUUAAAAAGUUACAAAAUUGUUUUCUGUGCAUGAGGCUUAAAUACCUUAGAGUUAUUUAUUUGAACCACAAGAGCAGAUUUCCUAUCUAUGUAGGUUCUAGAUUGCAUUUUUUAUUAUUAUUUUGUUUAACUUCUUAGCCGCCUGCCCCUCUCCAAAGCAGCUGGCUUUGAUUUAACCUGAAUCCUUCACAGAGAGGGAGGGCUCAGUCACGAUGACUGCGAGUUGUGCUCUUGGAUGGAACAUCUCUGCAGUGACUGAAGAGAGAAGACCAAAUAGGACAGGAACUUCAGAAGGACUCGCUUCACUCUACGUCAGCACUUAGUGUUCCUUACUGAACGGUGGCUACAGUCACUGUAAUUUGAUCUCUGAGAAGAAGAACAUGAUGGACAUGGAGAUGACGAGUAGCUCGGUGCCUGUGUGCAGGCAAGGUCUGUUCCUGCACACGGGGAACUCCCUGGUGCGAGACCACGCGCUGUCCCGGGAGAGGCUGCUGCACGUGGGCCAGCUCAACUUGGCGCACUCGGAUCUCAGGUCACCCAGGUUUCAAGACUCAGUAGAUUCUGCUGCUCCAUGCCUGAAUGGAAGUCACUCGGCUCAGCACAUUAAACAAGAAUGCCCCAGUGAUUAUAAGGUUCUGUCUGAGGCUUCCACACAUAGGAGGAUUACAGAGGGGAUGGAGCUGAGAGCCUCCAGUAGUCUGCAUCCUGAACUAGACCUAAUGAAUAAUAGCUUUACAAAUUCACUUUCAUCCUACUUGUUUAAUAAUGAACACGGCUCCUCCCUGGGUCCUUUGUCACUUGGCACCCCUCAGCACUCGGCCAGGCUACAAACAAGCAACCUGAAGAAGAGAUGCAUCUCUGUCGUGCCGUCUUCAGCCGAAGGAAUCGAUAUUACAGCGAUCAUCCGCACGUCACAGACGUCACUGGUCACCUGUGUGAAUGGACUGCGAGCUAACUCAGCUGGCAUUUCCUCUCAUCCUGUGGAGAUCAGUCAUCACAGUGCUCAAAAAUCCUCUCAGCCCCAGUCUUGCUCUCAGCCUGGAAACCCUUGCAGUAUUCCCUCCCCUCCAGCAUGUCUUGUACCUCUUUCCACUGAAUGUGACAGAGGUGACUGUGAGCAGAUACAAAUGCAGCAAGUCGAGGAGAAUGGCAGCCUCAGCCUUAUGAUGAAUGGCACGAGCCUUCCUCACCAGAACUCCUCGCACGGCACCCAGAAGGUGAGUUUCUUAAAACAAGAACCGGCUGACGAUUAUUCCUCCACUGCUGAUCUUUUUCGCCAUCACCAGGGGCUGCCUCCCCCUUACCACCUCCACCAGCAGCUCAGCCAGACCCCAGGGACGUUGCCUCACCUCAACACCUCCAUGUCUCCCAAGUCCCUGCAGCCCAGCGACGGCGAUGAGCAGGACCUCAGCGGUGGCAAGCAGGUCUGUCAGUGGAUUGACUGCAGUGCCACUUAUGACCAACAAGACGAACUGGUCAGACACAUAGAAAAGACUCACAUUGACCAGAGGAAAGGAGAGGACUUCACUUGCUUCUGGGCAGGCUGUGUCCGCCGCUAUAAACCCUUCAAUGCUCGUUACAAACUGCUGAUUCAUAUGAGGGUUCACUCUGGAGAAAAACCAAACAAGUGCAUGUUUGAAGGGUGCAACAAGGCAUUUUCUAGGCUUGAGAACCUCAAGAUUCACCUCCGGAGUCAUACUGGGGAGAAGCCAUACCUGUGUCAGCAUCCUGGCUGCCAGAAAGCUUUCAGCAACUCCAGUGACCGGGCAAAGCACCAGCGGACACACCUGGACACCAAGCCCUACGCCUGCCAGAUCCCGGGCUGCUCCAAGCGCUACACCGACCCCAGCUCCCUGCGCAAGCACGUCAAGGCUCACUCGGCCAAAGAGCAGCAGGUGCGUAAGAAGUUAAAGUCUUGUACUGAUAUUGAACAAGAUGUACUCAGUGAAUGCUUAGCUAUCCAACAGCUCCACACAUCUUCACAGCACAUCCUGGAUGGGAAGUGUGGCAGAUCUGUAGGUCCUCAUGAUUUAAUUACAGGCAUGUACAGUGGAUCCAGCAGCAGCCACAACGGCCCCUCCCCAGCUGGGCUGCCACCUCCUCAUGACAUUCCUUCAAGGCACCUUCCCCUCGACUCCGCCCUGCCCAGCCCACAUCACCACCAGUCGCCGCUGGAGAGUGCCAGGGACGGGCUUGCUCCCAACAUAAUCUCUCCACUUGUCAGCCCCCUGAAAGCUUUAGUUCCACCUUCCCUCUUGCAGAAACACGGCUCUCCAUCAUCCCACAGCCAGUCACCCAACGGGCAGCAGUUUUCUGGGAUACCAAACACACCGUACGCCCCAUUUCCCAACCAGUCUGUACAGCAGGGAUCUCAAGGUUACCAAGGCAGCUUUCACUCCAUACAAAACUGUUUCCACUACGGAGAUUGCUACAGAACAAUGGACCAGUCUGUCAGCAGUGAUGUGCUCACAGGGGAAUCCCAUUGCUUCAAUCCUCUGAGGCAGAAUGGCUAUCACAUACUCAAUGCACCUUUAGCUUCAACAGGCUAUGAGGGGAUCUCCGAAGCCCAGUGUGUAUCUGAAGACAUGGUCUCCAAUGGAACGGAUGAAAAUGGAUUCUUCCAGAACAGUGCCUUUGAUCACUGCUUGAAUCACAUUCCUUCCAUCUACACAGAUACCUAAGAGCAGUGCUGGCCUUGUUUCCUUUAUUAUACCUAUAACUGCGUAUGUAAUAACAAAGGUGUUGUUCAAGUACUUUUAUUUAGUCUGUAUCCCUAUAUGUGCUCAUUUAAAUGAACACCUCACAUUUACCAAACCAUUUUAUACAUGAAUAGUCUGUAUAAGAUAAUAUUGGAACCUGUUCCUUUGCUGUGGCACUUUGAAAUUCAUGCUUUAAGGGAAUGAGGAGCAUUUCAAGCAGCUUGUUUUGUAAGUUCUCUCAGUAAAGUGUAAAUGUAAGUUAUAUAAUAAACUUGUAAAGAAGAUGUUUUCCUUCCAGGAAACUAGGCUUCAAUUUGAGAAUGUUGUUCCCUUUAAUCAGUUUUCAUUUAACUUGUUGGUUCGAUCUUCCCUUUUUUCUUUUUUUUUUUAACUAAAAGGAUUUUUUUUUUAAUCAGAGACCUCAUGUAUAUAGAGAUCUACAUUUGCUCAGCUGGUUUUGUAUUUUCAGUUUUACAAGAAAGCAUUAAAAACUGGAAACAA